GAUCAUUCUCGAGAUUCUUUCGAAAGAACUUUCUUCGUCGGUGUCUAGAUCGUCGGCAGAUCGGUUGGUGAAGUGUUCAGAACUAAUUCAAGCCCCGCGUUAACGAACUCGGACUACUUUCCUUUCGCACGGCUGAUGUAAUCAGCCACGAUUAAAAUUGUAAAUACACCCCGGUAGGUGUUCGACGCGUGUGUAUUCCAGGGUGCACCCGUACGAGGGAUCGAUCAUAAUGCAACUGGAACAGGUGCUACGUUUCCUUUUAUGUGGCAUGACGAUUUUGCAGUUGGCAGCCGAGGACAGUUUGGGAGUCAGUUAAUUCUUUGACUGCGAAGAACGUAUAUUUACGUUCUCGAGAAAUGGGCUCGGAGAAAUCUUUGUACUCGUUAAAUCAAUUUUUAAAAAAUAUCAGCUAACAGGGGAUGAUAAGAAGAAACUUCUUUAUAUUUACAAUUUAUUCGUACGAUGCUUUGUUUCGAAGAUAAAAAUUGAAACGUUAGAAGUUCGUUGGAAAAAUUGAAUUUUAGGAAAAAGGUCUUCUAAGUUUUCGAUUUAUAUCUCUGAAACUAAACGUUGUAUGAAUAAAUUAUAAAUAUAAAAAAAAUUCAUCUUACCAUUCCCUAUAAGUUGAAAUUUUUUUUAUAAACACACGUUUACGCCUCUUGGAAUUUACAACAAAAAUCGUCCCGCCUAUAUGCAUACAAAAUGGGCCUACAUGCUUGAGAACUAGAUCCCCCUAAAUUCAAAAGUGGUUCUGGGAACACUCGUUUAAAAGUAGCCAGUGCACAAACCACAAGAAGUUUAGAUGAAGAUUUUCGCGAGGAAAAGACACCAGGGUACAUCGGUAGGCAUAUCAGCAUGAGUCAGAGCAUAGGAAGCUCGAAGACAAAGUCCCCUGCCAAUCGUUCGACGCGCAAUAGCUCGACCAGUGGCGACAAAACGCUGCGUUGCAUCAUCGCCAGGGGAAAAGGCGAGAGAGCUAUUAGCGUUCCUCCAUAAAAUCAACUUAAGAAUGCCCAUUUCCCUCGGCACAAUUCCAUACACCCCAUCGGGCGAAGGGUUCCCGAGGCAGGUACGGCGACACGGCAAGUCAGGGAGUGCCUCUCUCGAGGCAGAAAAGCGGCGGGAGAGAAAGAGGGAUCAGGUCGGCAGUGGUGGGGCCCCGACCGACGGAGUCUCACGCCUUCCAUCGGGCAUCAGUCCAACGAGGAGCGUACAGGCGGUCGCAGCUCGCUGUUCCACUCGCAUUCGUGCCGCGUUCGGUGGGCCCGAAGGGACUGUCCAGGACGCGGUGUGUCCUUCGUUGUCGUUCGUGAAAACGGUUCCCGGUGAAUCCUGAAGGAUAUCGAGAUUCGUCGGUGGUCGGCGUUCAGGAUCGCCAGGUAAACGUAGAAACAGCGCCAUCUGUGUGUACGGUUCAGCGUCCGCGGUCGAGGCGAGAAGGGAUCGCGGAACGGAGCGACCAGGAACGCAGAGACGAGCGUGCAGCGCCAUUUUCCGUUGUUCGGAGCCGAUGAGGUUCGCAGGAACUUCGGAGACGACGGCUCGCGUGGCUGACGCCUGCGGCCGCGCCUCUGGAUUCCAGAAGAGCUGCGCAGAGGGUCCGCUGAAUUCCACGUCGCGUCGGUAAGCAUUCGCCCGUCGGUGUGCCGGGUGUGUACCUGUCGAUCGGCACACGUGGAGGCGAGGGGCAAUCGGGAGGACGUCGACGCCACUGGUAUACGCUGCAUACCACAGAGGACCCGGCUGGCCAGAGUGGGAGGUUGGAAAAGGUUGGCGAGAGCCAAGAGAGACGGGGCGACUGAGAGCCCAGGCAGAGGGAAGAGGAGUGCUGGUCGCCGGGUGGGGGAGGCCGUCAGAAGGCGGCCAUAAUGGCCUGACGCGAUCUCGAGCGAGUGGCGGCUACAGCUGCUGCGAAAUAGCGGAGAGCGGCUCUCCUCGUCGUCCACGCACGCGUAUUUUGCAACGUCGGACGGGCUGCGUCUUUGGAAAGUGACUGCGUAAUCGCGAGUGAAGUGAGUUACCGGGUGGAGUCUUCGAGAUUCCGUGUGCACCGUGGUUGGACCGCGUGUUGUGCUUUGGAUGUCGUUUACGGAUGGUGUUCGAUGGUUCGGGAGUUCUUCAUCGAACGUAGCAUCUUCGUGAUCGUGCAUGGUCUGCUCGGGCUCGACGUUUGACUUGUACCUUGGGUCAAAGGAGGGAGACGACUCUCUAUUCGUUGCUUCGUCGGGAAGAUCAUCUGGAAAGAUGAGGGGUGCCAAUCAGGAUUCGGCAACGCCGUAUUGCCGGUGCAGAGUCCUCUAUCUGGGCAGCUCUGUGCCACACGCGAGCAAAGAGGGUUUGCUGGGUGUUCAGGAGCCGCUUAGGGAGCUGUACCCCGAGCAGGGUGCGCUGGGAGCACGUGGAAUCGACUCCUGGCUGAGCGUCUGGAGCAACGGCCUUUUGCUUGAGAACGUCGACGAGCACCGCAAAAAGGUCACCAGGUUCUUCCCCAUUGAAGCGCUGCACUAUUGCGCGGCUGUUCGACACGUAAAAGGCGGAAGCGGGGACUCGUCGAACACGAGGUUCCUACCUUUGGACUCGCCGUUCGCUAGGACGCCUAGCGCCAACCAUCCGCCUCUGUUCGCCGCCGUUUUGAGACGGACGACUGGAAUCAAGGUUCUCGAGUGUCAUGCCUUCAUUUGCAAGCGUGAUAUGGCGGCCAACGCCCUGGUCAGGUGUUGUUUUCACGCGUACGCAGACAGCAGCUACGCCAAGGGCCUGGACCCGACGACAACGACGACAAACGGUGUGACAACCGGUCAUCCUUCGAAUAACAGCCUCUAUCACACUCUCGGAGGCUCCAGCACCACUUUGGAUAGCCCUCAAGCCACUCGUCUGGACAGUACCUCGACAGAUGACCUGAGCCUUUACAACGGCGACGAGAACCACAAAGUUUGGGCCAGAGGUCGCGACGAGGUCGACGGCUUGUAUCAGGAGCAAGGCACCUUGCGAAGCACCAAGGGCUCCAGACCGCGGCAACUAGUCGCUCCACCUCCUCCGCCACCGCCACCACCUCCCCCUGCUCAACCCUUGCUUCUAGAGGAGUCUUCGUCCUCCUCCGUUCGCAGGAAAGCGAACAAGAAACUCAAGAAGCUGAAGAACCGAGCACUACACGAGGAUCCGUUGCAGCAGGCGCAUCUCCACCCUCAGCUUCACCAGGGAAUGUAUACAAACGGCCAUGGGCAUCACACUCUGGGUCACCCAGUGAGGCAACAGCACUAUCACCCGCACCCCUUACCACCGAGCAGUCGAUCCGUCGCGGGUACUCUGGCCAGACCAGCCCCGGUUCUUCUAGUGCCAGCCGCCACGCUACCCAGGAAGGCCCAUCAUCAUCCACGGGGCCUCAGGCCCAUUCCAGCUGCCGCCCCCAUUGUCCCGAUGUAUGCCCCGCUGCCAGUAGUGACUCCGCCACCAGCAGCAGCCAUGUACGCAGCGGGUACGUACGGCACAGCCGGGAACAGGGGCAGAAGGCAACACCCUGACGGGGAGUCCUCGACUCUGGGGGCUUCCAGAAGGCUCGCCGCGUCUCACGCAGACCUGACAACGGCGGAGAUGAAUCGUGCCGGAGACAGCCCCGAGAACGAGUCCCGUUUCGGUACUGGUAUCUACCGACGGAAGGGCCACCUGAACGAAAGGGCGUUUUCUUAUAGCAUCCGAGCGGAGCAUCGCAGCAGGAGCCACGGCAGCCUGGCCUCUCUAGGCUUCAGCGGACAGAACGGCACCGCGCUGCCCAAGGAGGAGAAGAAGGACAGAGAGAUAGCCCAACUGGUCGCCGGCUUGAACCUGGACGACAGUCCAGAGAGAAUACUGCCCCAGGCGAACUCCAGGAGCGGGUACUCCCAUCAUCAGCAGCAACAGCUCCAACCGCUGCCCAGGCCCCGGCCUCGUUAGGACUCUCCGGACAUCCAACGUCGACUCGCAAGCCUGCGCGUCACGAAACACUUAACUGUCACUCUCCAGCGGCCAUUGAAAUAGCUAAACGACCGAGAAAGAUUAUAUUUUAUCAAGCAAACGAAGGAUCUGUUUUUAACGAACAUUUUAGUGCUCCGUCAGACCAGCAUAACGUUAAUGGACUUCGCGAGGGAACUUUAAACCAGUGCAACAGCUAGAUCCAAAUUUAUCUAGCUAUUUUUACUACGAUGUUUCUUUUCUAGAAUUCUUGUUUUUUUUUUUCCUUGUAAUUAUAUUUCGCGACAGAGAGUACCUACAGUUUUUCUCCAUAACGAAAGGAUCGAAUGGAACUAUGAACGAGCAACUCGACACUCCGCUGGUCUUCCAGAUCCUCGAGUUUCAUUAUUUGAUGUAUCCGUUUCGUUAGAAGACCGCGAAGCGUCGAUUUCUUUUUUUUCUUUCUUUCUUUUUAAAAAAGCAAUUCUUGAUUUUAAGUCGCCCUUAAGUUCCAAGCCGGACACAGGUGCAACUGGAACUUAUUUAUUUAAUCGCAUGUGCCAGAUGAUUGUACGAAAGCUCGACAAUAAUUGUUUUUCUUCGACCCUUUAGCCAAAAACUCGUCUUUCGUGAUAAAUAUUUGCAGAGCCAUGUUCGUCCUUCCGUGGGAACCAUGUUUUCUUCGAGUUCUCUUAGUAUUCGAUAUUUAACAACAGUUUGUCGGUCUUAUAAAUUUCUCUGCGAAUAGUUACACUUUGGAGUUAAAGGGUUACGAAUUGUUAAGGAUCGAUAGUAACAAUUAGAAUUUUUUACAAAAUUGCGAUUGUAUUGAUUCUUCGUUUGGCAAACUCGGAAGGAAUAGGAGAAUCGUCGUUUUAAAUACAGUAAUCCCUCGAUAUAACGACUCGAGAGGGGUCGACCGGUGUCCUUAUAUCGAGGUAUUACUGCGAAUAGGAAAAUUAGAGUUUUAAGCCUCGAAAAAAAUCAAAAACCGUCCAGGUAAAAUUGGAAUAAAUGAAAAAUUUACGUAGGAAAAAUAAAGGUUUGCCGAACGAUGAGUCAACCGAUGAAAAUGGCGCGAAUUCAUUGUGAAACGCAAACUAACGUCGUCGUUAUUUAUUUAUCGCGCGGACGUAUACCAUGAACGAAAAUAUAUGUAUGUAUAUUUAUCGCAGGAAAACGAUGGAAUCUCGCAGUCUUGUAUCCUGGUAAUUUCAUUUCACACAGAUAAUAAUUCGCCGUUGAAUUUUCUCGCAACGCGCUUACGUGUGCUAGCAUUCUCUUACGUAAGCCUCUAAAGACCGCCGACUCGUGCGCAGCGCCAGGAAUGCCGUUCUGCGUACCGAACGUUAAUAACAAUCGGGUAAAAUUUUAGCAAAAAAAGAUACUAAAAUAAUCUACUACGCAAAAGUAAAACAUUUGGCUCUUAACAUUCGCGAUGUUUGCAUUCUCAAAAUGUACUUGAACAAAUUCUUGUGCGAUUGCGUAAAAUUUAAAUAAACGAUCGGUAUCGCGCAAGAAAGGCAAACAAAUUCACGAAGCGAAAAAGAAGCAAGAGAUCCAUGUUUUUCAACUUGAAUUGCGAACCUGUUAUAUAUAUAUAUUGUUACGCGUCGAUUGCCAUGCAAAAUUAAUUAAUAAUAAACUAACAAUGCAAUUAUAAACAA